AUGCAAUAUGGUUGGUCAAUGAAUGUCACAACAAUGCGCAACGAAGAGAAGGAAGAAAAAAAUCCAUUUGCUGUAAGUUCUUCUGAUAAACAAAACUUGUCUUCCAAUUUGUUUCGCUUCUGGUAUGCAAAUUACCAAUAUCAUGUUAAUGGACAAAAACCAGGUCUUUCUUUUCUUCCUUAA